GCGUAAUAAUAGCUAGAGGGCGCUUUCUGUUGCUGUCAAGGUGGUGCCUUCAAUGGCUGCCACGGCUCCACCGUCCGCCAUGCUUCGGGAGAGUCUGCAGCUGCUGGGCCGGGCCGCGCGCACCGUGAGGGUGCCCGGGGGCGAGCUGGAACGCACGCUGCUCAGGAUGGCGUCCCGCGCAGCGCCGGCAUUGCAGAGACUGCCAACGAUUCCCGUGACAGAUACAAAAGCAGGAGCGGGGAUCCUCGACCCACUCCGCAAUCUGAGUCCCGUCUCUUUCCAGCACAAAACGAUGCUCCAAAAUGCUGGCAUUCCUCAUUCAAAGACCCAGCCGACGGCAAGGUUCCAAUCAGGCGCCGCCAGCUGUCCAUCUUGCAGAUCUCUCCAAACAUUCUCAGCCCAUCACCGCGCAUUCCACUCCAGCCCAUCAUAUGGAGCCAGGCACAAAGCGGGCGCCGGAUCUCAGCCUGCCCCGCUGGACUUCAACAGAACCGCUAAGCGGCUCAGCAGGGGGGGACAGGUGACGACCAGUGCAGUGGCCGGGAGUGCCUCAGCUUUGGACGUCAACAUCCAGGCGACGGUGCUGGUGGAAGAGACGGUUGACAUCGACGAUGAGCUGGACGCGAUUAUGGAGGACCUUGAGACCAGUACCCCACUCCUCGUCCAGGAAGCGCUGAGCAACAUUGAUGCCACGGAGUUCGAGGGCGUCGAGAACUUGUGGCUGUCUGUCCUGCUAUGUACUGACAACCACAUCCAGUCGUCCAACAAGAAGUGGCGCGGCGAGGACAAGCCGACGGAUGUGCUGUCGUUCCCCCAAGAGUGGAUCGAGGGGAUCCCCGAGGUACUGCUCGGGGAUGUCGUCAUCUCGCUGGACACGGCGCGCAGGCAGGCCGCGGAGCGGGGGCACUCGCUGCUGGACGAGCUGCGGAUACUGCUGGUUCAUGGUUUGCUGCACUUGUUGGAUUACGACCAUGAGGCGAGCGCAGAGGAGGAGGUCGCGAUGGCGGCGGAGGAGCAGCGCAUCCUGGAGGCCAUGGGAUGGACGGGAAAGGGCCUCAUUGAGGCGAUGAGCGCUGCCCCGUCAACCCCCGAGCCCCGCGACCGCCCGGCCGAGACGUCCGCACCCUCGAGCCCGACCCGCGCCGAGAACGGCCUUCGGCCCGGCAGAGCGCGCGAGUACUUGGACAUCAAAGUUUUGUUUCUGGACAUGGACGGAACGCUCCUAAACAGCGCCACGCGGCUGAGCAAGAAGACCGCCGAUGCGUGCCGGGCCGCGCUGGCGCGGGGCGUCAAGCUGUGCAUCGCGACCGGGAAGGCUCGCCCGGCCGCGAUCGACGCGUGCUCGGUUCAGGGCUUAAGCGGCCCGGGGGGCGUGGUUUCUACGUCGUCUCCAGGCGUCUUUCUGCAAGGGUUGAAUGUCUACGGUGAAGAGGGCGUCAUCGUUCACAGCCAGGUGUUGGAAGAGGCCAUCAUCAGAGAGGCGUUCGCCUUUUCUGUGGAGAACCGGAUAGCGCUGGCGGGCUUCUCCGGCGACCGCUGCGUGACGCUGUUCGAGCAUCCGCUGAUCGACAAGCUGCACACCACGUACUACGAGCCGAAGGCCGAGAUCUUCCCGUCCGUCGACGCCCUCCUCGCGUCCGCCCCGAUCAACAAGCUCCUGUUCUACGACACGCCCGCAACCAUCCAUCCGAUGCGGUCCCUCUGGGAAGAGCGCGUUUUCGGCAAAGCGAACAUCACGCAAGCCGUCCCCGAGAUGCUGGAGAUCCUGCCGUUUGGCGCGUCCAAGGGUGACGGCGUGCGGCGCCUGAUGGCCCACCUAGAGGUUUCGCGGGACCAGGUGAUGGCCGUAGGCGACGGCGAGAACGAUUUGGAGAUGCUCCAGAUCGCGGGGCUCGGCGUGGCAAUGGCCAACGGCGCGCCCGUGACGCUGGAGGCCGCGCACGCCCACGUGGGCAGCAACGACGAGGAUGGCGUCGCGGAGGCGAUCGAGCGGUUCAUUCUGUCGCAAUGACAGCAGCUGCAUUCGUCCUUGCGUUCACAAUGUUGUCUCAUAAUUGUAUCUGCAGCGAUGAUGGUGCAUCUUAUUGCCGGUGCUGCGAUAGGUUUGCGAACGGUGUAUGUCGCAACAUCCGGAAACGUCAAGGCAUGCAGAAGAAAGUAAAGUUAUACCGAGAGAUAGAAGAAGGCAGAGCUUCCAGCAGUGAGUGUAAGUACGCACGUUGAUCAGAUCCUAUAUGGUACACGGGUCUCGGCAUUGGCUGGAUAAACUUAGGUGAAAAGGCGUAAUGCGAGGAUGGAGGCGUUUGCCAAGGUUUCUGAAAUCUGCAUCAGACUCAACGCUUUUGAUUACGAAGAAUUAUGCAAACGUCAUCACGUUAUAGAACGGACAUGCGGGCACCUGAUCAGUCCGUG